GGAAGCGCUCGGCGGGGCCGGGCCGGGCUGCGGCGGGCGCGGGAUGGAGGUGACCAGGAGCAAUUUUAAGGAUAACCUAAACAAAGUGUAUGAAGCCAUUGAAGAGUCAGACUUCCUGGCCAUCGAUGGGGAGUUUUCAGGGAUCAGUGAUGGGCCUUCUGUUAGUGCAUUAACAAAUGGCUUUGACACUCCAGAAGAAAGGUAUCAAAAACUUAAAAAGCAUUCCAUGGAUUUUUUGCUCUUUCAGUUUGGCCUUUGCACUUUUAAAUAUGGUGACACAGAAGAAAAGUAUAUAAUGAAGUCAUUUAAUUUCUAUAUUUUUCCAAAACCCUUUAACAGAAAUUCACCAGAUGUCAAGUUUGUCUGUCAGAGUUCAAGUAUAGAUUUUUUAGCAAACCAAGGAUUUGAUUUUAAUAAAGUUUUUCGCAACGGAAUUCCAUAUUUAAACCAGGAAGAAGAAAGACAGCUAAGGGAACAGUAUGAUGAAAAGCGUUCUCAAGCCAAUGGUGCAGGAUCUCUGUCAUACAUUUCUCCUAAUUCCACGAAGUGUCCUGUAACAAUUCCUGAAGAUCAGAAAAAAUUUAUUGAGAAAGUAGUGGAACAGAUAGAAGACUUAUUAAAGAAUGAAGAAAGUGAAAGUUUGGAACUGGAGCCAUGUACAGGAUUUCAAAGGAAAUUAAUUUAUCAGACCUUGAGCUGGAAGUAUCCAAAAGGUAUUCAUGUUGAAACUCUGGAGUCAGAUAAGAAGGAGAGAUAUAUUGUUAUUAGUAAGGUAGAUGAAGAGGAACGAAAAAGAAGAGAACAGCAGAAACAAGCAAAAGAACAGGAAGAAUUGAAUGAUGCAGUAGGAUUUUCCAGAGUUGUUCAUGCCAUUGCUAAUUCUGGCAAGCUGGUUAUUGGGCACAAUAUGCUGCUGGAUGUCAUGCACACCAUACAUCAGUUCUAUUGUCCCCUGCCUGAUGACCUAAGUGAGUUCAAGGAAGUAACAUCAUGUGUCUUUCCCCGGUUAUUGGACACUAAACUGAUGGCAAGUACACAACCUUUCAAGGAGAUCAUUAAUAAUACAUCACUUGCAGAACUGGAAAAGCGUUUAAAAGAGGUUCCAUUCAGCCCUCCUAAAGUUGAAAGUGCAGAAGGAUUUCCAAGUUAUGAUACAGCAUCUGAACAACUCCACGAAGCAGGAUAUGAUGCCUACAUUACUGGACUGUGCUUCAUUUCUAUGGCUAAUUUCCUAGGUUCCUUCCUCACUCCUCCGAAAAACCAUGUGUCUGCCAGAUCAAAACUCAUUGAACCUUUUUUUAACAAGUUGUUUCUUAUGAGAGUAAUGGACAUACCAUAUCUCAAUUUGGAAGGACCAGACUUGCAGCCGAAACGAGAUCAUGUUCUUCAUGUUACUUUUCCCAAAGAGUGGAAGACUAGUGACCUUUACCAGCUUUUCAGUGCCUUUGGUAACAUUCAGGUGUCGUGGAUUGAUGAUACAUCAGCAUUUGUGUCACUGAGCCAGCCAGAGCAAGUACCAAUAGCUGUAAACACCAGCAGGUAUGCUGAAAGUUAUAGGAUCCAGACAUAUGCAGAAUAUGUUGAGAACAAACAUGAAGACAAACAGACAAAGAGAAAAUGUACAGAAGACAGUUGGAAGGAGAUGGAGAGGAAACGGUUAAAAACUCAGUGCACACCCUACAUCUCCCAGGGUCGGUACUACUGUGUUAACAGUUUUACAGGUACCAGCACAGUGGGCAAGAGAAGCAUGAGUCCUAUUGAGGAAGAAACUGGUUCUGAUGAUAUGGAAGAGGGAGAGGGCCAAGGUCCAGAAUGUGAUCAGACAGACUCCUGUGCAGAGGCCCUUCCAGAUGGUAAGAAGAGAGCCAAAAAAUUGAAAAAGAUCAAGACAGAUCAAGUUCCAGCAGGAAGCCUCACCACUAGUUCCACUGGAAUUUUUGAAGUCCCUGAAACAUGGUAGGAAACAACUGCCUUAACAAGUGGAAUUGACUGAAAGCAGUUGAGAGAAUACACCUCUUGGAAGCCAUACUUUAUUUAAAUAAAGUGGUGUUAACAAAGCAGUCUGUGUCCUGAAAAUCAGUUUAAUUAUUUUAAACUGUUUAUUGAACAAUCACUGUCAGUUUUGCUUGUGUGUAUAUUAACCAGUGUAUGACUCGUUGUUGAUCAUGUGAAAUCCUUGCUGUCGUAACCAAUGUUAGAUUUAAGAAGCAAGACUAAAUGUAUUUUGGUCACCUCCUUUGGCAUGCUGGCUCUGAACUGUCCAAACCCAACUGGCACUCCAUGAUUCCAUGCUAGGCUGUCUCCUGUGCUUGGGGGGAGUUACCACGAAUCUCCUCCUAUUUUGCUGUUUUUCCAGGCAGUAUCAGUUUGCUGUCAGCAUUCUGGAAACAGGUAGAACUGCAGUUUCACAUAUUGCUUUCUACCACUUACUUUAUCUGGAAAUAUCUUUUGAAUUUCUGCUCUCUACCCCCACCCCCUGUGCAGAUGGUAUUCAUCUAAAUGCCAGCUUUACACAUACCUUACCUUUUCAAAAAACUGUAACUUAAAAGUUUCUCAAACAUUAAUUUCCUGGUGGGAGGUAAUUUUUCUUUGUUUUCACAUCUGUUGCUGUUUUCGCCUUUAAAUUCUGGUUUGUUUCUUCCCUCCUUCUUCUUCCCCAGCUUGUGGGGCUUUUGUAAAAAUGUUUUUUUGUGAUAAACCUGCUAACUGCACCAGCCCUUUAUUUGUUUAAAAAAGGACCUGCAUUGAUAGAUUUCAGAAAAUGUUUGAUAUUUAACUUUUUUGUAUCAUGGAAAUAAAAACAAAGUAUGUAUUUCCAUAAAAUGAAAAUUAAAGACAUUUUCUUAGGAACUCGUUUGUUUUUAUUUAUUAGCUUCUGAAAUGUUUUUAGUGAAAUCUUUUUUUUUUUCUCCUUCAGAAUAUAACAAUUUUUUGACAGCCUGUGAUUAGCAGACCCUCUUGAUCCAUGGACUACUUUCAAGAUAUUUGUGAAAUGUAACCAAGAAAAGCAAGCUUAAUGUCACGAGUCUUAAAUUGCUGUGUGUUUCCCUUGAAGACAUGAAAACAAAAGAAGAGAGUUCUACAAAUUAUCAAACAAUCAAAACCAUUGCUGUGGAGAGUGGAAUAUCAAGAAGGCUUCAUGAGAUUAUAUUUACAUUAGAGUGGGAGCCACUGUCAUUUAAACAAUGCAGUAACCUGUUUAAAGCUAUGCCAAAAUUCAUGGGGUUUUAAAUUACUGUGAACUUGCACUGCAAAGGGAAAAAUAAUUUAAAGAUGUUAAAUGUGAGAUGUUAUAUUUCUAACCUUGGAAUACUCCCAGAAGUAGUAUAAUUAAUUUGGUUUUUUAAUAGCAGCCGUAUCAUCACAUUCUCACACUAAAAUGUGGGAAAGAAGACUCUAUUAGUGAUGCAAGGGAAAAUUAGUAACUGAACUCUUGUGCUCUCAAGGAUCCAGAGACUUUUCUUCCCCAAGACUCAUGACCUUAGGACUAAAUACUUAAAUCACUUUCAUCUUGAGUAUCCAAACCAAUUGCAAAUUUAGCUCUCAUAAUAUAUGCAACACUUAAUAGAAGUUGUAUAAAGUCCUCAUGGGGAUGAUUCAGGUCAUUUAUAUGGUGUUCUGUGCAAAUGUUGAAGAGUGUUAUUAACUAUAUAUCCAAAAGAACUGGCAUCAUGUGAUUUGGAAUGGAGCUUAGAGCCAUGAUGACAAAAGGAUACAAAAGCAUUUAAAGAGAUUGUCAAAGUACAGGUUAAGAGGUGAGGGAGUCUCUGCUCAAGAGAUAGAGGCCCACGUUGUCACAGAGAAUCCACGUGGAGUCUUCACCCCAAGACCAUUAGGAUCAUCUUUGUUCUUGAAAAGCAACACUUAGAUACCUGCAGGGAAAAUACAAGUCUUAAUUGUAUUACAAUACAAUCCCUUAAAAAUUUGUUUCUUCAAACCAGACAGUGUACAUACUUCUGUAAACUAUGAAAGUUAAUAGAUAUACCCACUACUUCUACUCUCCUCCCCUCCUCAGUUGUCAUUUUGCGGAGCUGGAUGUUACUUAUCUCUAUCUGUAAUUAAAUCCUCUGAAGAAAAUAGCGCUUUUCCCUUUC